UGUGAAUGACGUAAUGAGCGUAAAACAAGAUGGCGGCGACUUAAGCAUCUAUCGGUUUGAACUAGUUUAUCGCCACAGAGGUCUGCCUCUCUUGAGGCUUUAUAGUGUUCUCUCACGGUUGGUCCGGGAAAGAACAACCUUUUCGGUCAGAUAAGGGGGUUGUAGGCGUUGCUGAACGCCACCGAAUAGCCUUCGGGUGCUGUUUGUUUCCCCCCUUGCUAACCUCCGGUGACAGCCGGGGAGGCGAGGUGCUAACAGACAGGAUGGAUACCGGAGAGUACAUCUCCACCAUGGAGAACAUGGACCCGACUUUAGCGGAAUUAGGGGACGAAUUCACCUUAGGAGACAUCGACGAGAUGCUGCAGUUUGUCAGCAACCAGGACUUCCCAGACUUGUUUGAAGAUCAGAUGACCACAGCGGGCUCUGUACAGAGUGGCGGCGCCAGCACCGCUCCCCAACCUGCCGUUCAAACCCCUCAAACUCCCCAAACUCCCAAGACACCAGCCCCUGUCGUCUACCAGAGCCCCACCGUUCUCCUCGCCCCCUCCCAGACACUGUCUCCCCAGUCUCUGCCCCUCACCCCUCCCCUCACUCCUGCACAGACCCCCUCCCCCACGACUGUCCUGCCAGUGCAGCAGCAGGUGACCCGCAGCCCUCCGCUCCUCCAGCCCCGGCCUCAGGUGGUCCAGCCCAUCCAGCCUCAGCCCCAACAGACAGCCCAGUCCACCAUCCAGCAGGAUUUUUUCAGCCGGAAUCCUGAUAUUUCAUGGCUGUUCAAACAGAUGCACGCCCAGGGGAUCCCCAUGCAGACCCAGAGCUUCCCGGUCCACACCCUGGUUCAGACCCACAGCCAGGCAGCCCUGCCCAUCCAAACCCAGGCGGCCCAAACUGUGAUGAUUGCCUCCAACGGCGGACAGUCGCGUUUCAUCCAGAGCCCUGUCAUCUGCCACCAGAGCCACGCUCCUGGCUUCCAAGUCCUCCAACCGCAGAUGCAGAGCAUUAUGACGUCACCACAGCUCCAACCAAUGACCAUACAGCACCAGCGUGUUCUGACCCCAACCUGUCAGACCAUCCAGACUCUCUCAGCGCCCACCACAGUCCACACUAUGCAACAACAGAUGCAGCAAGUGCCUGUUCUGGUCCAGCAGCCUCAGAUUCUGAAGACAGAUUCACUGGUUCUUACAACGCUCAAACCAGACGGCACGCAAGUCCUGUCUACCAUGCAGAGCCCCGCAGGGAUCACCACCUUGACUACGCCCAUCCAGAACACAGCUCUGCAAGUCCCGACGCUGAUGAGCGGCAACAUCCUGACCACCGUCCCUGUUAUGAUGGGAGGAGGAGACAAGCUGCCAAUCAAGCAGCUACAGCCGGGCUCCUCUCACUGCUCAAACGGAGCCAGAUCAAGCAUGGAGCAAGGCCAGAUGAUGGGAGGAAUGGUAGGCCCGGGGGGAGUGGUGAAGGAGGGCGAGAGGAGGACGACUCACAACAUCAUUGAGAAGAGGUAUCGGUCCUCCAUCAACGACAAGAUCGUGGAGCUCAGAGACCUCGUCAUGGGCAAUGACGCCAAGAUACACAAGUCAGGAGUGCUGAGGAAGGCCAUUGACUACAUCAAGUACCUGCAACAGGUCAACCACAAACUACGGCAGGAAAACAUGGCCCUUAAGAUGGGCAACCAGAAGAACAAGACAGUGAUUCUGUCUGAAGACGUGGAGCUUAAAGAGGAAAUAGUGAUGAUGUCACCUCCAGCCUCGGACUCUGGUUCUGGUUCCCCUCAGCAGUUCUCUCCUUACUGUGUGGACUCCGAGCCAGGCAGCCCCUUGAUGGAUCACGAUCAGAUGAAGAGUGAGCCAGAUUCUCCCUCCUCGGUUGGAGUGAUGGAUGGUUCUCGACUGCUUCUCUGCGCCCUGACUUUCUUCUGCCUGUCCCUAAACCCUCUGCCAUCUUUGUUGGGCUCUGAGGCCUCAGCGAGCCCUGGUCUCGCUGUGGGCCACGGGCCAAGUAGAACGCUCGUCUGGUUCCCAACUCACGCGCAGGACUUUGCAUCCUGGCUGCGGUGGCUGUUGCCGUGGGUGAUGGUGUGGGUGCUGAGCGGUGUGGGAGCGGUGUGGGGCUGUGUCAGGGUGCUCUACCUGUGGGAGCCUGUCACACCCCUUCACUCGCCAAAAUCGGUGUCCUUCUGGAGGCAUCGCAAACAAGCCGACCUGCAUCUCAAAAGGGGAGAUUACACGGCAGCAAUGGCCAGUUUAGAAACCUGCCUGUCCGUCUUGACCAGAGCUCUUCCCUCAACCAGUCUGGAACUGGUCUGCUCUCUGUCCUGGAAUCUGAUUCGCUACGUCUUGCAUCGUCCAACUCCUCUGGGUUGGCUGGUUCGUCAGGUUGGGGGAAAGCAUGAGGGGGAGGAGGCUAGGACUAGUGCGAAGGACGCUGCGCUGGUUUACCACCGGCUGAGCCAGCUGCAUCUCACAGAAAAGCUGCCUCAGCGCAGCAGCCUGUGGGCGUUGUCUGUGUCUCUGAGCGCUGUCAACCUCAGCGAGAGCGCCCGAAGCAAGAUGGCCCCUGCCCAGCUCACCCAGAUCUACGUCACCGCAGCAACAGCCCUGCGCAUUCUGCUAGGCCACCACCUCUCCUGUCUGCCUGGUUAUCUGUUGAGUUGUGCAGAGAGCGUGGCCAACCAAUCGGAGACCAAGCCGAUCCCCGACUGCCUGCGCUGGCUCUUCACCCCAUUGGGUAGGCAGUUCUUCCUGAGUUGCGAUUGGUCGUUGAAGUCAGAGAGCAGCGAUGGGGUGUACACUUCUCAGAGAGACCCAGCUGACCCCAUUGCCCAGCUGCACCGCUGUUUCUGCAGGAAGCUUUUGGAGAGAGCCGUUCACACCCUCAUCCAGCCACAGAGCGACUCUGAAGCUGGCAAACGCAAGAACGCCUCUGGGGAGUUUUCCAGUGCCCUGGAGUUCCUCCAGUUGUUGAACAGCUGUACAGAGGACUCUCCUUCCCCUCCUCCUGCCUUCUCAACUCCUCCCAGUCACACCACCACCCCAGUGGGAGACCCAGUGAGUCGUUGGUGGGCUCUGGUCCUGAAGGCUGCCGUGCAUUGGCUGCAGGGCGAUGAUGUCGCAGUGAGGUCACUGUUGGCAGAGGCAGAGCGGAUGCCGAGGGCUCUGCACACUCUUGACCACCCUCUGCCCAAGGCUGUGCUGCAUCUUUGCAAGGCAGUUCAGAUGAGUCUGUCCCCUCUGAAGGGAGAAGGGGCGGUAGCCUGCCUGUCCCACAGCGACAGAGCCAGCAGCUACCUGCGCUCCAGCAUCUCGGUGCCCGUCGCCCAGACUGGGAACUGGCUGAACAAGGGGGUAGAGCUCCUGAUCUGUGACCUUCUGCUGACGUUGAGGACCAGUUUAUGGCAGCGGGGAGGCAGCAGUAACGGAGAGCCUGGCCCGGCUCCUGGAUCCCAGUUGGCUGGUUUCCAGAGGGACCUCAGCGCGCUCAGAAAGCUCACACAGUGCUACAGACAGGCGCAGCACAAGGUGUUUCUCCAUGAGACCACAGUGAGGCUGAUGGCCGGAGCCAGUCCCACAAGGACACACCAGCUGCUGGAGCACAACCUCCGACGCAGGACACACAACUCUUACACGGCCGAAGGUGAGUGUGUCCUGGGUGAGAGGGAGAGGGCUCAUGCCAUCCUCCUGGCCUGCCGCCACCUGCCCAUGCCCCUGCUAACCCCGCCCGGGCAUCGCACUCGCCUGCUGGCCGAGGCCAAGCGCACCCUGGAGCGGGUGGGAGACCGUCGGUCCCUGCAGGACUGUCAGCAGAUCCUGCUGCGCCUCAGCGGGGGCACGACCAUCGCGGCCUCCUGAACACACACACACACACACACCCACACACACACACACACAGAUUAGGGCUACUCAGAAUGAACUCUGUAAUUUGCUACAUACAUACAAAGAUGUAAACCAGUCUACUCACCCACAACCUCAAACCACAAUUUGAUCAAGGGCCAUGAUUAUAAAGACUUUUCUUCAAACUGCUACACUUUUCUCAUACACACACAGCUGAUUUAGUUUACUGUCACCGUUCCCACACCUGCAGCUGAAACACUUCAGGCCUCACACUUGCUUCUUUCGAUGCUUAGUUUCAUUGUUGCAGCACAAUCAUUCCACCUUCUGGUCAUUAAUGGUACCGUGCUAGGCUCGCUGCCUCAUGUUUAACAAUGCUACACAAUGAGCAAAAUCAGGUUCAACAGGGCCCAAAGGGAAAAGGGACCAUUCUCUAAUAGCUGUUUUAAAUGAACGCAAUGCAGCAGAGCAUUGCUUAGCUGUAGGAUACCGAGCUGUACAAUCAUUAUUGGCACACGGCAAUGUGAGUCCCACGUAACUGCGUGAUGUCUCAUUAAAUUUGCAAGCUUCAAUUUAAAGGGGCGUCAGAGAGUGUAGGAUGCAGACUAGAUAGACUAGCUCGCUUAUAACCAUUCAGUGCUGAGUAGUGUCCCUUCUUAUCUACCUCAUACACAGUACAAUGCCAGCACUGUACUGUGGAGCAAAGUAGGAUACUUAAGCACCCCGUCAGUUAUCCUGAAUUUGAAUUAACUGACCAUUUGAUGCUUCAGUCCAACGCAGCGUCAUUCUAAUAAAACCUUCCUGAGCUGCAUUACUUAGACUUUAGGGGGCAUCCCUAAAGCACUCUAGGGAUUUGACUUGCUGUCGCAGAAAUGACCGCUACAGCUGAGAAGAUUAUUUGAUUUGCGGAAUACCUAAAUAACCGAGGGAAGCAGCCAGUAAUGGGCCGAUAAGUUUGAAAAUGCCUACCUACAAACACACUCACACAGACCCAUAUACAUAUUUAAUUAAUUAGAUACAAACUCACAAUGUGAUUGUAUAUAGGUUGUACAUAGACAGAUGAAGAGAAGUAGAUUAAACAGGAAGUCCUCACUUGUGCUUGAGAGGAGACGUGCAUCAAAGAAAGCGCGGUAACGUGUCAAAGUUGGCUCGUGAUGGUUUCCUGUCAAGAGUCCGGAUCUGACGCUCGGACCAGGAGGGCGAGGUCAGUCGCCUCACCCCGGGAGUGCGUGUUACUCCAUCCAAAAGAUCUUUUUAUUAUCAAACGCUCACUGGCGUGGCUUUGCAAGGUGGCUUCCAGGGCUGCAACUAACCAUUAUUUCCAUUAUCGAUUAAUCGAUUAGUUGUUUGGUCUAUAAAAUGUCUUGUUUUGUCCACAGCUCAAAUAUUCGGUUUACUGUCAUAGAGGAGUGAAGA